AACACACAGAGAAGGUCAAGGAACCUGACUAAGGUCAUCACACAGAGAGUGGGCCAGUCCUGGGGAGAAGUCAGCAGUCAGCCCCCAGAAUCUGGCCUUCCCAGGACCCUAAGCUGUGUCCUUCUCAACCCUGAACACCUGGAGGAAAUGGAGGAUCUGUCCUGCUGCCCUGUGCUCUGCCGGCUCACCCCGCUGCUGCUCCUCAUCCAGCUGCUCACUGGGGGCUCCCUAGAGGAGUUCUCGGUGCUUGGGCCCUCAGGAUCCCAUUGUGGCAGUGCUCGGUGGGGAUGCCGUGCUGUCCUGUCGUGUGUUCCCGGCCAUGAAUGCCGAGGACAUGGAGCUGAGGUGGUUCCGUUCCAAGUUUUCAGAAGCCGUGUUCAUCUAUCAAAACCGACAGGAACAGAAGGAAGAGCAGUUGGCUGGUUAUGCAGGGCGGGCCUUGCUGGUGAGGGACCUCCUCUCCCAGGGGGAGGCUGCCGUGCGCAUCAGCCAGGUCCAGGUUUCUGACAAUGGGCUGUACACCUGCUUCUUCAGAAAGGGAGUCUUCUAUGAAGAGGCCAGUUUGGAGCUGAAGGUGGCAGGUGUGGGCUCUGCCCCUGAGGUGCGCAUCACAGGGCCCGAGGAGGACGGGGUCCGCGUGCUGUGCACGGCCUCGGGGUGGUUCCCGAAGCCCCAGGUGCAGUGGAGGGACGGGAGCGGAGAGAAAUUCCUGGCGUUCUCCGAGGCCCACACCCAGGACGCGGAGGGGCUGUUCAGCGUGGAGGCCGCCCUGGUGGUGCGAGACCGCUCCGUGGGCAACGUGACCUGCUCCGUCCUCAACGCUGUCCUGGGCCAGGAGAAGGCCAUGGCCAUUUUCAUCCCAGAGGCCUUCUUCCCCCAGGCCUCUCCCUGGAAGGUGGCUUUCUUGGUGAGCCUGACUGUGCUGAUGCUCCUCGUCCUUGGGGCUGGAUGUUACAUCAAGAGAGAACAUUCCAUCAAGUUGCGGGAGAUGGAAGAAAAGAGGCGUCUGCGGCAGGCUAAGGAGGAGGCCCGGCAGACAAAGGAGAAGGCUCUGCAGGACAGAGCUGAACUCCAGUCACAGCUCAACUGGAGGAAAGACGUGUACCUGGCUGGCUGGAAGAAGGCCCAGCUGUAUGCAGAUUGGAGGACGGAGAAGUUCCAGCCCCGGCCUGUCACUCUGAAUCCAGGAUCUGCCGCUUCCAGCCUUGUAGUCACCCAUGAAAAGACGAGUGUGACCAGGAAGAACACUGGUGUGAACUCAGGAGACGAGGAGAGUGUGUUGGGCUUUGAGGACAUCUCAUCAGGGCGCUGGUACUGGGAGGUGGAGAUCAAGGAUGGAGAUGGAUGCGAGUGGGCUCUGGGGGUCUGUAGGAAAGAUGUGAAACGGGAAGGUUGGUGUAGAGAAUACCCAGAAAAGGGGUUCUGGCUUUUGGGGAAGUUUAGAGGUAAAUAUUUUGUCUAUACUAGACAACCAACUGAGCUAUCCCUUCGCCAGGUUCUCCACAGGGUGGGGGUGUUUCCUAGACCAUCGAGGAAGGGGAUGUCUCCUUCUAUAACAUGACUGAUGGCUCCCACAUCUUCUCCUUCACUGGGGCUUCCUUCUCUGGGGCUCUCUGUCCCUACUUCAAACUUAGGGCAGGAGAUGUGUCUAUGACCAUCUGCUCCAAGGUGGGAGGGCCUGAGGGGCUCCCUGUGCCCCUUAAUGAUUCUUGCCUGGAGGGGCCUGUGAGCCUCCCAGGGGAGGAGAUCAGCUCAGGCUCUGGUGCUGAUGCUCCCCCAGGGGCUGAGUCUCCAUUACUCCCCUGCAACCCCGAGGCUGUGUCCCCAUAGGUCCCAUCACUGUCCCAGACCCCUCGCUGUGGCUCUUCCUGGAGCUGCAGACUCCAGGUGACAAAGGCCUCUGAGGUGAGUUCUGGAUGGCUGGAGUCUCGGCUUCUUGAUCUGGAAGCAGAUUCCUGGGUGUGUGUUUAUGAGAAUAGUCAGUUCGUGCUUUAUGCUCAGCUAGCAGAUUAUAAAAGUUGACUCUUUGAGCUGGUUUGGGGAUAGGCUACAUCUGACUGUGGGAAGUUGUAUUUCUUUUGGUAAUGAAAAAUAUGUCAUUUGGACAUGAAAGGUGAUGAGGGCUUGAACCACUCAGCAGAAGAAAAUGGAGUUCACUUGUUCUAAUUUGAGUUUUUGCAGAAGAACCCAGAGGCUGCUGGUUGGUCCCCAGCUCUAUGCAGAGGGAUCUGCAUUAUCACAUCAGGAAAGCCGGCCAUCCAGAAUUUUCCAGGGAAAUGGGUGGCUGAUGGACUUUCAAGGAGUCUAAUAUUUUAUGUAUUUCUUAUUCUGAGAUGGAGAAAACACCCACAUGUCCCAAAGCACAGUGAAUUUCUGUAACCUGUGAAGAACUUGUGUUGUGCUCAUUGCAGGAAGUAAGGAAAAGGAUCUGGGUUUUAAAUUUCUGUCAACAGCAGGUGCAAAAAGGAGAACUGCUAUCCGAAUUAAGAUGUAAAUGAAGAAGAGACUUUUCAGAGGCAGUGUGAAUUGCAGAAAACUUGAAGCACAGCACAGAGCCAGUUAUCAAUGUAUCGCCUCUCAGUUCUUCUAAGUCCAGUGGUAAAGGUUAGUGGAAAACCUUAGCAAACCAAAGGAAGCAGGACCACUGAGGACUCAGACCUUUGGGAAUGAAGGCGUGGUCACCGCACCAGGUGGAGAACUCCGACCUGUGGGUCUGGGUGCGAAGACAGGGAAUGGGAAGUGGAGGAGGCAGUCAUGGACGUCAACUCUGAUCUGCGAUCCAUUCCAGAAAGAGGAUGUUGAUAGCUUUGCUUGUUUUCUCUGUCUUAAUGUGUGUGUGUUGUUUGUAUUUACUAUCCAUUUCCUCCCUCUUUCUUCUUCUUUUAGAAGAAAGAAGACUUUCCUUCAAGUUGUUAGACUUUUAUUCAAGUUGUUGGAGGUUAUGUGUAUUAUGCUAUAGUCUUCAGGUCACAGAAUAAUCAAGGACAUUGGGACUGCAUUUGAGGAGUAAAUAGGAGAGUGGCAUUGGAUGCAUUGUCUGGGACUGUCUGUCUCCUCAUUUUGGGCAAGGGGCAAGAACGUCAUUUGUAUGGGUAGCUCUGUCUUGAUGGAUGAGAAGGCAGAGUUGUGGUGUGGUGUUAGUGGAAGUGCAAAUGUGUGUAAAAUGGUGUGUGUGUGGAAGCUGAGUGACCCAAGGUGUGGACUGUGCUUAUUGUCAGUGUCUUGCCUCUUGGUCCCAAAGUCACCCUGUACUUGCCCUGCUUUGUGAUACUGGAGCUGAACCCCAUAAACACUUGGUUCUCCUUGGCACAGUGUCAGUCUCUGGAAGGGACCCUGUACCCCAUAGCAGAGGAUGGGCUCCUCUUGCAGGUCUGGAGCUUUUCUUUUGGUCCUAUGAUGUGAUAGUGUCCUGUAGUUCACUAUCUCUCACUUUUGGUGAAUGUGUCUGGCAUUGCAGCAGGCUGUCCCAGAGGUUUGCUUCCCAUGGAAUCUUUUUCUUUCUUUCUCCUUCCUUCCUUCCUUCCUUUCUC